AAUCCAAAGAUGUGAAUUGGUCGUGCUAAAUUGCCCGUAGUGUUCAGAGAUGUGUAGGUUAGAUGGGUUAGGCAUUGCAAGUGCAGGAUGAUAGGGCAGGGGGGUAGGUCUGGCCGGGAUUCUCCUUGCAGAGUCAGUGUGGACUCGAUGGGCUGAAUGGCCCAUUGUUGGGAUUCUGUGAUUCCCAUUCUCUAACCUUUGUGUGUGCGUAUGUUCCCACCCCCAGGACUCUGUGCUUGUUCAGAGCUGAAGAUAUUUGCUUCCACGUGCAAAGCUGGGAUUGUGAAAAUUUGGGACCACAACAAUCAGCUGAUGAGGGUUCUCCACCUGAAAGCGGUUGCUGACAGCAUCUCAUUCUGUAACGAUGUUGGUAAUAUUCUCCUGGGUAUCGAACAUAACCUGUAUCUCAUGAACAGUUCUGAGUACCUGACCCAGCAGUAUAUGCUCCGGAUAGCAUGUAGGGAUGUCAGUGAUCCUGUUCCCGAUUCUCCUGUUCCCAUCUCCAGCACUGCUGUCAAUUCCCUGUCUGCCGAAGAUCGUCAGCGUCUGAGAGGACCCCAUUCAUUCAACAGCCCGGAAGGUCGUGUUGUUUUGCCAGCUGAGCCUGAUAUAGGAUAUCUGGAAAGACAGGAACACCUGAAGGAGGCAUAUGCUUCAUUGGCUGCGAGAGAUGAAGAAAUCCGUCUGAUCCAGCGCGGGGAGAUGAGAGGCCGGAAAAAACCUCCACGUACAAAGGAAAUCCUAGAGGAAGGCUUCCGGAAAUACAUGCAGCUCUUGUAUGCUGAGCCUCUUCACAUAGAGAUCCCUGAGAUUCCGAUUUACGAUCCGAAUGAGCAGCAGGUGGACGUGACCAGUCUCCUGGAUCGACCCCAUCGAUGUAAGAAUAUCGUCAGAGGAUUCUUCCCACCAUUGGCACUGCCGGAACCAUGGUGUGAAAUCACAGAGAACGAGAAACGAGCAAGGGGCAUCGGGAGGGGGCGGGGUUACCAAGAUGGCGGCGGUUGCCGUGGAAACGGGAGUCGGCGAAGCCUGAGGCCUAGGCCCCGUGUAUGGAGCCCGCGCUCUGUGUCAUCCUCCCGCGACCGGCGCUCCGUGAGACCGGGGACUGACAGCGGCCUGAGUGGAGAGCUGUGA